UUUUACAGGCGCCGAAUACCCUGAAGCUUCACCUGAAACUCACCAGUUCCAAUCUAUCGAUUGCGCAGACCAAUUCCAAUGCGCUCUCCUUUUACGACGGGCCCUCAGUUUUUCGCUCUCUCGUCUGUAUUUAGCUUUUGGGCAAGCCACUUGUAGCCUCUUGUUGCUUCUUGUAGUAGCAAAGUUCAUCAGGCGCGCGUGAAUUCCUAUCAUUGCUCAGUGCUUUUGGAAGCUGUGCUCGUCAGUGAUAAUCGCUACCGCUGUUACCGUGGAUGCUCUGAUCUACCUGCCGACGUUUGUUACCUUCGUGGAAACACGCGAGAGUGUACUUUAGAGAAGUUCGCAAAAUUCAGUAAGCCUUUUUCGGACCUAACCACCGGUGAAAAUUUUGUCCAAUAUAGCUGCAGCCGUACAACAUAUCGGACACUUUCCAUGUAAAUGCUGGGCAUCGGAUAACGACGAUGGAUACCAACAAGUGUGGCUCGAUGUACAAUCUCCAAACGAAACAUUGCCGCCAAUAACUUUCACAAUAAAGAACACAACCAAGCCUAACAAAAUCGUGAUCCGGCCAAAUCGUGAAGUGAACGUUUCAAAAGUGACAACUAAUUAAAUGAACCAAACCGUGUAGUUAGAUCAAAUUAUUUAUUUCACCAAUUCAUUAAAUAUCCUUCUUAUAUUGAUCAUAACUGGUGCAAUUACCCACUCGCCAUCUCGCCGAAUUCUUUCAAAGCAUUGUGUGAUAACUGUAGUCUCGUUUUAAAUAGUAAACGCCUUAUCAAUAACGCUACCAUCUAAUUCGCUGCGAUGUGUUUGUGAAUCUGAAUGACCGCAAAGUCAACUUACAAAAAGUUAGGCAACCCAACAGAAGAGUUCGUAGUUUUGAAUUAGUUAAUUUUGCCGAAUUUUGUGAUACUUGGAUGUGCCUUUCAAGAAUAGUCCCGAAAAAAUUUCUGCUGUAACUGAAAAAAUCGAGCCCGUUACGUUCGAGUUUAGUGUGCAGUAUCAGCAAAUCAAAGUCUGUGCUAUCAGUCAUAAAAGUUUUGUAAACUUCAGUUUAUGUUCUAAAUAAGCAAAAAUAAACUGAAGACUGCUGUGGAUAUAACGGAUAUUACUGUAGUGUAUAAAGAAAUUAUUUGUGCAUUACCGUGGGAGACGAAUAAUUCAAUCAUCGUUAAUAGGAGGACAUCAUGAUUAUGGUAAGCCGGCAAUGAAAGCUUAAUUUUCGCACCUUUCGCUUCUCUUGAUCACGUGUGCCCGUAUUCUGCUGGUAUACAUGUCGAAUGAACCAUGAAGCAGUACCCCGUCGGACGAGCAAUGGAAUGAUACCAUUAGCAACCCAGUUCACCCGUGAUUAUGCUUUAUGCUGCAUUCAUAACUUGCGCUGUUGCUAAGCACAUUAUAGGGUACCGACCCCCGCAAUAAUCACUGUAAUCAUCUUGAGCUUUGGAUUAAACAUCCUUCCCGAGAGCAAAAAGUGAGUGAGAGAGAUAUAUCGCGAGCGAUAUACUGUAGACAGCCACCACGUGCUCGCAAUAUUUUCCUCGGGACAAAAAACGAAUUCCCGAAGGCUCAGCGCGAGGCAACCAAACUGGCUGAAGGAAUAUACAGAUCGACAGCAGUAAAUUGCUUUUAUUUAUAUUGCCGAACAUAAAUCAGAGACGCAUACACACUGAACGAAACGGGCGAAACUUUAACGAGCUGGGCGAAGUCAACGCGCGGCAUGACGUUUCGUUGUGUCCCUUCGUACGACGCCAGCGCUCAAUGGACACUCACGCCGUCCCUUCAAUCGCAGCUGGAGCGGCUCACUAGUCAUGGAGGCAUAGGACUGACGAGUGGUAGUCCGGCAUAUACCACACACACUGGUGGUCACACGGGUCGCAACGGGCCAGCCAGUGGACACGGAGGGAGCCACGGGGGCUCACACGGACCCGGACCCACAAUGCAUCAUCAAACACUGCAAUCAGACUUCCAGCCACCUUACUUUCCACCACCCUUUCAUCACUCUACGCAAAGUCCACCACAGCAACAGAAUCACGGACUCGACUACCUUAGCACAGAUCCCUACGGUCAACCAUUAUCCUCGCUUCAUCACGCACCCCUGCAUCACUACAAUCAACUAGCUGGUCUAAGACCGUCCCAGGAACAGCUUGGACUGCAUCGGUCACAUCGGGAAUCCGAACUACAACAGCACGUGACGCAGCUUUCGCACGGCUUUCCUUACUCGGACCGACGAAGUGAUUACAGCGGAUCUAUUGGUAGCGGAGCAGGAGCAACUCGACUUGGAGCACACGAACACGAUCCACUGUCACUGCACCAGGCGCUACAAAGUGCGGUGGACGAUGGUCAGAACCCGGUGAUAGACGAGAAUGCCGGCUUCAUGAGUGAUUUGCCACUGCUAAAAAAUUUUCCCAUUGCCGAUAUCAAGAAGGAUAGCAGUCAAAUGAAUCUUGGUUCUCCAUCGGAUGUUUUUUGUUCUGUUCCUGGGCGUCUCAGCCUUCUCUCCAGUACCUCUAAGUACAAAGUGACGGUAGCGGAAGUGCAACGACGUCUCGCGCCUCCCGAGUGUCUCAAUGCGUCCCUGCUUGGCGGUGUUUUGCGACGUGCGAAGAGUAAAAACGGAGGAAGACUGUUGAGGGAGAAAUUGGAGAAAAUUGGACUCAAUCUACCUGCAGGACGGCGUAAAGCCGCUAAUGUGACACUGCUCACUUCGCUGGUUGAAGGUGAAGCGAUUCAUUUAGCGCGCGAUUUCGGUUAUGUCUGUGAAACGGAGUUCCCUGCGAGACAAGUGGCUGAGUAUUUAUCCCGACAAUAUUCGGAACCUCAAGAAUCCUACCGAAGAAAGGAGCUUCUAAUCAAUACCAAACAGAUUACAAAGGAGCUCAUGGAUCUGUUAAACCAGGACCGUUCUCCACUGUGCAACACUAGACCACAGCAUAUUUUGGAUCCCUCAAUACAACGACAUUUGACACACUUUUCACUCAUCUCUCAUGGCUUUGGUUCUCCAGCCAUUGUAGCAGCACUGACAGCAAUUCAGAAUUUUCUUAACGAAUCCAUCAAGCAUCUUGACAAGAUGUACCCCGGAAACGGUGGCAGCAUGGUCACAUCCUCGCUAGACAAAAACAAAAUGGACAACGAGAAGAAAUGACAGUUAUAAAAUUAUCUGUUCACUAAAAUUGAACGAUUUUAGUCGAGCGGUGCGGUGCGGCGGAUGAUUUAAACUAAAAUCCAAUAUUGUAGAAGAGUCCAAAAUGUAGAAGCUUCAAAAAAUCGUUGUUUCAAACUCUGUAAAAAGCGAACGCAAAUAUUGUGAUGUAUAAAGAGAACAAAAACCGCAUAUAGCGUAAGAACAAGUAAAACAAGUUACACUAUGAGAUUUCAAGUUAAAUUGAUUAUAAUUAAAUUAUGAUUGAUCACCACGCGAAUGCUCGAAAGUCUGCACGUCUCAUCUCUCGGUGUUUUCAAUAUAUUUAACUGUAAUCAAUUGAAAGCAUAAUCAUAAGGUAUUGUUUCAUAUUUUAUGUUCAUUUUGUGAUAGACUAUUGUUUAAUAUUAAACUUCAUGUAGGAUUCAGCAUAUGUACUUUUACAUUUGAAUUGAGGAGUGAAUUCCAGAAGCAAAUUGCCAAACAUGCAAUCACAGUAUGAAUGACUGACAAGAGCACUUAUUAAAAUUUUAUAUUUAUUGUUUACAUUUAAGCUCAUUAUUGACAAAAGAGCCGACGAGGCCUAUAUUUGUGAAGCCUAGUGCCAAAAUAAAUGCUACGACACGAACUUGUCCGAACAAGUCCUCUGAUCGCCAUAAUUUUUACUCAAAUGUGCCAACUAUCUGCUCAAAAUUGAAUUGUCUGCCAGCCCAUGCCCCCUUCGAGUGCCAUGUUUUCAAUUGACUUAAAAAAUCUUUGUCAGCCAUAUUUGUUACAUUUUUUACUCUAUUACAAGUUUCAAAAUCCUUUUCAUGAAAUAUCAAUUAUUCGAUACAGGAUAGUGAGUCAUAAUGAUACAACCACGGGUUUUCCUUCCAUUUGUCGUCACAAAGUCAUUUCAUUGUAAACUUUCGUAGCAUAAUUUACGUAAAUUAUUAAAAAAAACAUGACGCUUUUGCUUUGCAGAAGUUUGUUGUAUAUGUACAAAAUUCGAUUAGUAUAAAAUAUUACAUUUCAACACUAAAUUAAAAACUGCAUCAAGAUUAGUCCGAAACCGUAAUUGCGCACAGUUUCUACAUGUUUGUACAUUCGAUCCCAUUUGAAAACAUACAUAUAAGCAAAGUUUUCUUCAUUCACAAGUUAGUAAAAAUACAAAUUACAAAAAUCCCAAAAUCAACAACCAAUCCAACAGGGUGCGUGUUUUGUAAAACAAAAAAUCGCUAAUUGGUUGCCACGAAAAAAGUAUUAUAAAUCAUAAAAUGCUGGACCGAUAUAGAAAAAUUGAGAAAUUCAAUUCAAAUCACAAAAUUGUAAAGUGAUCGGUAUAAGAGCAAAUUUCAGAAGUAUUAUAAAUUUAA